GAGUUUAUGCGGAGCACAUCGGAGGCAGUUGCUCUCGCCAUCUCGUGAUUGCAGUCGAAACACUAUACAUGCAGCUGUUUCCGCUGAGACAGAGCCUCUAUGUGCAUUUCUUCUGACGAAGAUCAUUGCAACCAGUGAUCCGAAAUGGCAUUUACAUCAUCGUGCUCGCUGGUCGAAGCCAGCAUGAAGCAGCUCAGCAGAGCACUUGUCAACAACGCCAGACACACCACUCGUUCAUUCGCGACAAGCAGGUCACGCUACACUAAUGCCUAUCCCGCAUUAUCGACAAAAGCCCACGCAAGCAUUUCCGACAUUCUCGCACAGAAUGUGGCGGCUGGGAACCAUCGAGUCACCGCUGUGCAAUGCACAAUACUGGACAGUCCCGUCCUGGAUACGAGCCUAGGAUCCGCCAGACAUUCUCAAACAGAUCUCGAGGAUACUAGGCUAGGCAAUACCAAGAUCAAACUUGCAACAUCAGGCAUUCCUGAGAGGCUGGUGAAGGUCCAGGCGAUGGUGGAGAUGGUUGUCAAAGCAAAAGAAAUCGGCGUCUCUGAGGAGAUCACUUCGAUGGACAUUUGAAUUCUGUGGCCGGAUUUGCAAACGAUGGGCAACGCUAGGCGUCACUUUUUGGCGCACAUUACAGCAUAGAGCGCGGAUUGAGAAUGGGAAGUGCGAUCCUCAUCACUGGCGCUGGAGAUUAAAGCUCAUCAGUACUUGGCGCCAACGAAACGAUCGAUAGUUUGCAACGCUUGCUUGGUCAGAAAAUACCUUUAUCGCGACAACAAACCGCAAGCGCCUCAGUUCACGUCCAUUUG